AUGAUCUCUCUUCGUAGCAUCCUGAUUCUUCUCGGGCUCAUUGCCAUGGCUCACGCUUGUGCUCCAAACACUCGAAGAUAUCACGGAUUGUGCAAGUAUUAUGUGGAUGGAACUAGUGAUACUGGAGAGGGAAGUGUGGAUGACGAUGGAAAUGCGAUUGAGAGCAGCAGCAGCAGCAGCUCUUCAAGCUCCUCAUCAAGCUCUUCCAAGAGAAGAAAGCGUGAUUCGGGAGAUUCAGAUGAUGAUGAUUCAGGAUCAGGAGAAUCGUCGAGCUCUGGAUCUUCCAACAAAUACACCAGAGGGAAGAAGAAGUCCAACACCAAGUGCUACAAAUACGAAGAUGGAACUUCGGAUGAUGGAGCCAAGUUGAACGAGGGUGUUAAAACCUACACUAUCAGUGAGUCCAUGUUUUUUGAAGCGUAGAAAAUUUUAAAAUCUUGAAAUUUUUCAGCCGUCACCACCAGCAAAUCCAAGUAG